AUGGCCCCGUCCAGCAGCUCCCAGACCGGCGCCGUAUACCGAGAUCUGAUACAGAGCAACUGCCAGACGUACUUGGGGCCGCGCGUCGAGUUCGACGUCGUGUCCCAGCUCGACGCCACGGGAACGCUCUGGACGGUCCACGUCCUGCGGCUCCGCGGCGGCGGGAAGCGGCGCGCCUCCGUGCUGAGCGGAUCGGCCGGGACGCUCGAGGCCGCGCUCGAGGAGCUGCACAAGAAGUCGGCGCAGGCCGUCGACCAGCACGUCGCGCGCAAUGGCUUCGGCGCCGCCAAGUCGGCGUCGAAGCGCCGCAGCAAGAAGACGCUGUCUUCGAAGCGCACAUCGAGAAGCUCGCGCGCUCGACACGGGCUCCGGGACCUCGAUGACGACUCCGACUCGGGGUCUGACAGCGACGCGAGCACCGAAAGCGUCUGCUCGAGCUGGGAAUCCGGCUCCGAGGCGAGCUCGGGAUCCUCUGGCUCCGACUCCCUUAUCGAUGGGCCGUCACCACCCGGUCCCAAGCCCUGGGCACAUGUCGAUGUUAGACCAGGCUGGCCUUUGCAACAACACGGGAUGCGCCAGAAUCCACACAUGCACUCUAUGCACUCGCGACAUGUUGGCCCCUCGCCAUGGUCAGCGAACAAGGUCCCUCCUAUGCCUACUCCUGGCUUCAAUGCGGGUGCCUGCCCACCGCCGCCGCUCACGGUGACGCAAACGAAGCCGACGCCCGGUGGCAUGGGCUUCCCUCGACAGGGGGGUAUGCCGAUGCCGCCACCCAUUCCAAGCCAGUUUGGACACCAGCAGCAGCAGCAGCAGCAGAACAAACCUCCGCAGGGGAUUGUCCCGCAGGGAAUGCGUCAACGGCGAUCGCCUGUUUUCCCCGUUGGCCCCCCGACGCACAUGCCCAAGUCGUACGCCGGCCAAGCACCUCCGCCGCCGCCACCCGCGAGCAGCAGGCCAACGCCGACGACAUCACAGACGUUGGGCGAAAAGACCACAGUGCUGCUGACCAUCUCCUGGGGCCGCCAUGGCACCGCCUCGUUCAUCAAUCAGUGCGAGCUCAGCGUGAGCGCCCUCCGGAAGAUGACCCGGGAGCUCCUCCGCCUCAAGUCCGAUUCCUUCCCCGAGCACCCGGAAUUCUGGCCGCCGCCCAAGGACGAGCUCGACAAGCUCGACGUGGAAAUCACCAAGAUUCUGCUCGGCAGCCAGGUGUACCACGUCGGAUCAACUGCUCAGGAUGACAUGUCCGUGCUGUUGAGCUUGCCUAGCCCCUCAAAGUCCGGGUCGGCAUCCGACGUUCCACACGUCUUCGUGGAAGUGGCCGAAUCUGAACCGGCCAUUAUUCUCGUUGACUAG